GUUGUGGAUUUACCUAACAGACUGGUUGUUGGGAACAUGGCGUCUCAGUGCAGCCUCUCUACUUUAUUUCCUGUUCAAAGUCAGCUGGAUUUCGCCCUAGAUGAUGCUACGACACCACAGGAGAAAGAAAAUCUUGUGCUCCAGUAUUUGAAAAAACUAGACGAGAGAGACGACCUGAAGAUACCCGACUUCCAGACAGGCUUGGAAUGGCUGAACACGGAGGGGCCACUGUCUUUGAACAAGGAGCUGGCUGGCAAAGUGGUGCUUCUGGACUUCUUCACUUACUGCUGCAUCAACUGCAUGCACAUCCUGCCUGAUCUGCACCAGCUGGAGAAGAAACGCUCUGUUAAAGAUGGAUUGGUUGUUGUUGGCGUACACUCUGCCAAAUUCCCCAAUGAAAAGGUCCUGGAAAAUGUUCGCAGUGCUGUUGUCCGCUAUGACAUCUGCCACCCAGUGGUGAACGACAGCGAGGCGCACCUCUGGCAUGAACUGGAGGUGUCCUGCUGGCCAACACUGGUCCUGCUUGGACCACGUGGCAACCUGCUCUUCUCCCUGGUGGGUGAAGGCCACCGCGACAGGCUGAUGCUUUUUACUGACAGCGCCCUCCAGUACUACGGGAAGCAGGGCCUGCUGAAGACUCACACAGUGGGGAUCAAGCUGUACAGAGACUCCCUGCCACCCAGCAUCCUGUCUUUUCCUGGGAAGGUGGCUAUAGACAACAGCCAGAAAAGACUGGCCGUAGCAGACACUGGGCAUCAUCGGAUUCUGGUGGUAUCCUCUACCGGACAGCUGUUACAUGUCAUAGGGGGGCCUGAACGUGGGAGACAAGAUGGCGACCUGUCCGAAGCUUCCUUUAACUCUCCUCAGGGUGUGGCCAUUAAAGGGGACACAGUAUAUGUGGCCGACACGGAAAACCACCUAAUCCGAAAGAUUGACCUGUUAGAGGGAAGAGUCAGCACCAUAGCCGGCGUAGGAGCUCAAGGCACAGACAAAGAGGGUGGGGCCAUGGGACCUCAGCAGCCAAUCAGCUCUCCUUGGGACGUGACUCUCGGCACUGCCGGGGGUGUGGAAGAUAACGUGCUGUGGAUAGCCAUGGCAGGGACCCACCAGAUCUGGGCUCUGUUCCUAGCAGAUGGGAAUCUGCCUAAAGGAAGUGAGUCCAAGGCUGGAACGUGCGUGCGAUGGGCAGGCAGUGGCAGCGAGGAGAACCGAAACAACGCCUACCCCCACAAGGCUGGCUUUGCUCAGCCUUCAGGCCUGGCUUUAGCCCCAGAGGAGCCCUGGAGCUGCCUGUAUUUGGCCGAUAGUGAGAGCAGCACCAUCCGCACGCUCGCGCUGAAGGACGGAGGUGUCAAGCUGCUGGUUGGGGGAGAGAGAGACCCACUGAACCUCUUUGCUUACGGGGAUGUAGACGGUAAAGGGGUGGACGCCAAGCUGCAGCAUCCUCUCGGUGUCUCCUGGGCUCCUGAACAAAGCCUGCUCUAUGUGGCCGACUCCUACAACCACAAGAUCAAGGUGGUGGAUCCGAGGACAAAGCAGUGUAGCACAUUAGCAGGGACAGGAGAGGCUGGAGAUUAUCUGGGCCCUGAAUUUAACAGAUCAUGUUUCAAUGAACCUGGAGGAAUCUGUGUUGGCAACAACGGGAAGCUUCUUUACGUGGCAGAUACCAACAACCACCAAGUCAAAAGGCUGGACCUGGACUCCAAGACUGUCUCACUGUUCCCCAUAUCCACGGACUGCACAGACUCAGUACCAGCAAAACCUUUGGCUCCUGCCAAAGCCCCCACGCUGCCUAAAUCAGCUGCCAGGAAAGUAAUGCCACCAGUAGCAGUGUCUUUGGGCCAGACUCUAAUCCUGUCACUCACCCUGUCCCUUCCAGAAGGAACCAAACUCACCGAAGAGGCCCCCAGCUGCUGGGUUCUCUCAGCUGAGGGUAACGAGUGGCUGCUAGACAGUAAGCUGGUUACCGGUGACAUUUUGGAUCUGUCGAGGGCCCUCUGCAUCUCAACCAAACUUCCCACUGUUGCGAAGGACUCAAACGGCAAUCCAAGCCUCACUUUGGGUGUAUGGGUGUACUACUGUAUGGAAGCAGGUAAAGCCUGUAUGAUGAAAGCGGCCUCCUUCACUCAGCCGCUUCAAAUAAGUGCCAGUCCUGGAGAGGCAGAGGUCACUGUGGCGUUGACUCAUGCCUUCUAAAACCACUUACUUGUCGUAGUCAAAACAAGCCUAUGAAUCCACGCUUCCUGAAUUGUUGCGACGGCAGUUAAACUUUCGAUGCUAGCUGACUCAGUCUCGUGUUUUGUUUCCGACAGAGUUGUCACUUUUGACAGAAAUGCAUUUCAUACAAACGUGAUUUUCAGGAGAACUUAAUUUCAAACUACUCAGAGGCCCUUUUUACGAAACAUAAUGCAUCAGUGCUGUAAUGUUCUUGACAGUGCGUGUCAAUUAUUUAUAGGAAUGCAUAUAGAUACAUCCCCAGGCAUCUUAAUAGGGCUGUACAGCAGACACAACUGCAGCCUAAACAUCUGUAUAAUAGCAUAUUUAUGCACGAAAUUCCUUAAGACUGCCUGUGCUGGCGAAGUGUGUCUCCACUAGAAAUUAAUGUUUUAUAGAUGAAAAAUUUCAUCUUAAAGGCAUCCUCUAUCCGACACACUAAAUGUAUACUGAAAAUAAAAGCAUCUCUGUAGAUUUAAUGAGAAACUAAGAUAUUAUGAUUAUCUAAUUGGAAAGUGGUGAUGAUGGUGUCAGUGAUGGAUAGACAAAUAGACUUUCUGUCAUUUAACGACGUUGUGGAGGAUUUAAAGCACUUUCAGAUAUCGAAAAAACAGAGGGAAAAGCCAAAGCCUCUGAUAAACCUCACAUUUUCACCUGAACCGCCAAAUGGAUUUGAAUUUCAAAGAUAAGACACAAAAUUAGUGGAAGCCUCCUGGUUGUGUUCAAACCAUUUCUCACAAAAAUGAACAGAACUUUCUCAUUUAGUCCCAUGAGUAAUUACAUAGUAGGAAUUAAAAAAGAGACAUUUUAUUGGAGCUGAAAUUUGAUUCAGACUCGGAGAAAGAAGUUUUUAUUCUUCCUUUGCUCGCACAAGCAUUGCUUUUGAAUGCUAAUAUCAAGUUACGACAGUUUCUCGCAAAUAUGAUAUUGAAAUCCCAAGAGGGAAACCUUUCCUUUAAUCUCAGUCUAGGGAAAGAAGUCGUAAGUGGAAAAGGACAAAAAUAAAACUUUAUGAAAGGUUUAUGCGAAGUUGUCUAUGCAGAGACUCACAUUUUUUAUUAUCUUUAAUAUAUUAGAUGCCUAGCAACAAAGUAUUAAUACACAAUUUUACUUUGUACUUUUUUGAAUAAUAUAUUUCCAUGUAUAUGUGUGUGUGGUUGCUUUAGUUUGACGAUUAGCUUCGACGGUGCCUUCAAGCACACUAAUCAGGCUUUCAUAAAUAUUUGUCUACAAGUGUCACCACAGUCUGAGUAGUCCCAAGUUUUUCAGAAAGUUCACAGUCCCUUAAAGGUUACACUCAUAGCUUAAAGUGUUGUUCUGUGUAUCCACUCUCUGUAUGACUGAUUAUUCUUCUGAUUAUCAUUAUUCAUGACACAAAGAGCCCUUUUGAUUUAGAUCCUAGAAAAUUGCUGUUACGUAAGUAAUGAAUAAAGUGCCUGUUUUCAAUAAGGGGGAAGCGACCUCUUGUGAACUGAUGACACUGAGUGACUACUGCUUGCCAUGCACACAGUGGGAUAUUGUAUUAAGGAAGCAAAGUUGCAUUAAAAUCUCUCUAUCAAGCAUUUAUAUACUUCUUCUAUACUUCACAAAGGGAACAUAAUAUGAAAGAGAUGCUCUAAUGAGGAGACACUGUGUAAUACCUUGUGUAUUUUGUCUGUGUAAUAUAAUAUGAUGAUGUGAAAGUUGUUAUUGUCAUUUUCCCUUCCUUUCCCUUCCAAACUUAUGAGCUGUUGUCGGAAAUGGGCCGGAGAGUGUUUUGAUUAUCAUCGCUGUCAUCGUGUCUCAUAACGUAAUUGUGCUUGUCAGACUGUUUUUUAUUUGGCUUGGAUCAGUUGGCCGACAUGCAUUGUAUAAGGGGUGUUACUGUAUGAAUGGUGUGAACUGAUGACACUCUGGGCGAUCAGAUGCAAUAACAGCAUUUCUGUAAUGGGAGAUGUGAUUUAUUUCCACAAGUUAUUUAUUUCAAAUGAACUGCAAAUGUUUUGCCAGUGUGUUCUCGCGACUCUGUGAGCCCUCUGGCUUUUUUUAAUGAACAGUAAUGAGCUUGAGUGGCUGCUGGUGGGCAUUAAGUUCCUGAUAGUGUUUACCAACUCUCACUUGAUUUCUUCUCACUGUACCACCUUUUCAGGCACAUUUUGCCAUGCCUUUGUCUUGACGGGUACGUUGUUAAUACGUCUGCUUCUCAAUGCUGCACUUUAAGAUGCAGCAAAGCAAGAAAAAAAAAAAAACGAAUAAAACAUUUUU